CCACGACCCCUGGCGGCAAUUUUUGAAAUUAACUCAGUACUGUCAAAAUGGCGUUAAAAUCACAGGUUGGACAAAAAAUUAUGAAUGAAGUCAUUAAACAAAAAAAGAAAACAACCGGUGGUAUGGAAUGGAGAAUUCUCGUUGUUGAUCAAUUGUCAAUGAGAAUGGUGUCAGCAUGUUGUAAAAUGCACGAUAUCAGUGCUCAGGGUAUAACACUUGUGGAAAAUAUUCACAAGAAACGUGAACCAUUACCAACAAUGGAGGCUGUUUAUUUGAUAACACCAAGUAAUUCAUCAGUGACAAAAUUAAUCGAUGACUUCAGUAAUCCAGGCAGACUUCAAUAUAAAAAUGCCCACGUUUAUUUCACCGAAGCUUCUCCUGAUAAUCUGAUCAAUGAUAUUGCUAACGCGAAGAUAACUAUGUACAUUAAAACAUUAAAAGAGAUCAACAUCGCUUUUAUACCCUAUGAGGAACAGGUUUUCUCAUUGGAUUCAAGAGAUACAUUUGCCUGUUUCUAUAAUCCUUCAUUACAUCAUGUUCGUAGUGCUAAUAUGGAACGAAUUGCUGAACAAAUUGCAACUCUAUGCGCUACUCUUGGCGAAUAUCCGUCAGUUCGAUAUCGAAGUGAUUUUGAUCGCAAUGUCGAAUUGGCGCAGAUGGUUCAACAAAAAUUGGAUGCUUACAAAGCUGAUGAACCAACCAUGGGCGAAGGUCCAGAAAAAGCUCGUUCUCAUCUUUUAAUUCUUGAUCGUGGUUUCGAUUCCGUUUCGCCUCUUUUACAUGAACUCACAUUACAAGCGAUGGCAUAUGAUUUACUUGAAAUUGAGAAUGACGUUUACAAAUACGAAGCCACUGCUGGACAAGAGAAAGAAGUUCUUUUAGAUGAGAACGACGAUUUAUGGGUGGAACUUAGACAUCAGCACAUUGCUGUUGUUUCACAGAAUGUUACGAAAAAUUUGAAGAAAUUCACUGAAUCGAAGAGAAUGCCACAAGGUGAUAAACAAACUAUGAGAGAUCUUUCGCAAAUGAUCAAGAAAAUGCCACAAUAUCAAAAGGAAUUGAGUAAAUAUGCAACGCAUUUACAUUUGGCUGAAGAUUGUAUGAAACGAUAUCAGGGAAAUGUCGAUAAACUCUGUAAAGUCGAACAGGACUUGGCAAUGGGAACAGAUGCUGAGGGCGAGAGAAUAAAAGAUCAUAUGCGAAAUAUAACUCCAAUUUUACUCGAUCAAAAUGUCAAUAAUGUGGAUAAAUUGCGUAUUAUUAUGCUUUAUGUGCUCAGUAAAAAUGGAUUACCUGAGGAUAAUUUAAAUCGUCUUGUACAUCAUGCACAAUUAUCGCCUGAGGAUAAACAAACGAUUAUUAAUAUGGCAAAUCUUGGUUUGAAUGUCGUUGUUGAUGGUAAUCGAAAGAAAUUAUACAAUGUACCACGAAAAGAAAGAAUCACAGAACAAACAUACCAAAUGAGUCGUUGGACGCCAGUCGUUAAAGAUAUUAUGGAAGAUUCCAUUGAGGAUAAAUUGGAUUCGAAACAUUUUCCAUUUUUAGGUGGAAGAGCAACUAGCUCUGGUUAUCAUGCACCAACAAGUGUAAGAUAUGGACAUUGGCACAAGGACAAGGGACAGCAGACAGUGAAAAACGUUCCUCGAUUAAUUGUUUUUAUUGUCGGUGGUGUAAGUUUUUCCGAAAUUCGUUGCGCCUAUGAAGUAACGAACGCUCUGAAAAAUUGGGAAGUCAUCGUUGGAUCUUCGCAUAUAAUAACGCCAAAAUCGUUUCUGGAGGAUUUAUCAAAGCUCCAUUUGAAUUGUUCGUAAAUGAAUAUUAAAUUUUCGUUGUCUGGAGAGAGGAUGAUCAACAUUCCAAAAGUGUUUGUCGCAAAUUCAGUUAUGUAUAACAUCAAAAUUAUAUAGUUCACGAUUCCAUCAGUAAUACCAGCUGCGUUUCGUCGAUUAAUCGUUUAAAUCGCGGAAACUAAUAUUAUUAUUAUUAUAUAAUAGUAACUUUAGAAAAUUUUACUCUGUGUCAAUUGAAUUAGAUUGAGUCGCGCUUAAAACGAUUGGAUUUCAUAAAUAAAUAGAGAGAGAAAUGGAUUCACGAUGAUCCAAUUUUUAGAGAGAGAGACUGUUAAAAAAAGCAAAAAAAGAAAAUGUCUAACCAAAUGGCAAAUGACUCUUUGAAUCUCUUCAAGAUUCGAAAGUAUCGAGAGAUCAACUGGUAUAAAAGUGCCUGUACGAAGAGAAUUUUUAAUGAUUACUCGUUGGCAACACUGAUGUCUAUUCGCGUAAAAAAAACAGUAUUUUGGAGAAAAUUUUAAAAAAAAUACAAAUUUACUCCAUUUUAUUUUGUUUCUAAUUCCAAGUUUAUAAUAUCGCGAAAGAGAAUCGUGAUAAAUUUUUGUUGUCCUGAUUUUUUUCUCUUUUUAAAUUAAUAGUUUUCGUUUUUUCAUUUUUAAAUUGAAAUUGAAUUUUUGAAUUAAUUGAAAUUGAUAUUUCGAAUUAUCAAAUUAUUUUCUUUAAUUAAUGUCAUAAUUUCAUAUCUAGAGAAAAUGAUGAUUGAAUUGAAGGCUGAAUUAGCGCGUGUAAAAUCGCUUUUGAAACCUUUGUAGUAUUAAAAAAAAAAAAAUGCUCUUUUAGUCAAGGGGGGGAUGCAGACUUAAAAAAAAAAAGAAUUUUCGCAAAUGUGUGUGAUGAAAUCUUCAUCUCAGAAAGUAACGAAUCCACGCAAUUGCGUUGAAAGCGUUCAUACUGAAAAAAAUAUCAAUUUUUCCUAAACGUUGUUAAUAACAAAAAAAAAAAAAAAAAAAAAUUCUCCUCUAGAACGAAAAUCGCAUCAAAUUCUUAAAAUAAAAAAAGAUAAAAAGAAAGUCAAUCAGUAUUCAAUUCACUAUAUACAUAAUAUAUAUAUAUUAGAAUUUUUAAUCUAGAAAUUUGAAAAAUUGAUGCAUUUUUCUUUCUGGAAAUGAGAUAAAUUGUACAUCUCUAUUAGCUUUUUUGAAUCUUUACAAUUUUUCGCUCCUUAAGAGUAACUAAUGGAAUUUGUAGAUUUUAAUUAAUAACUUUUAUUAAAGAGCACUUUCAGCAAAAUCAAAUAAUAAUAAUAAUAAUUUCACUUUGUGUAUAACAAUUUAACACUCUUUGCACAAGCCCAAAAAAAAAUAAUGUGAAAGCAAUGCUGGAAGUCAUUGCAAAGAUGAAUUAACAAGUACAUAAUAUAGAUAAUGAUAAUUACAAUAAUGUUCAAUCUAGAAUCUGUAGAGUAUUUAUAUGUUUAGGAAGAUAAUGAUAAUGAUGAUGAAAAAGAAACUGCAGAAACAGUUGAACUGUCGAUAGGUCAAAAUGACUACAUAGGGGGAUCAUUUUUUGGUCAAUGAACAUUUUUUUUUGUCUGUUAAAUAAUUGAUCGUUCAUGUAUUUAAUAAGUUAAUUAAUACGUUAAUACGCGUUGCAAUUAAUAUAGCAACGAUAUUAUUAUAGAGUUUAUGAUAUUUAUAAAUUAUGAAAAAAAAAUAUAUGUAUGUUUGUAGUUGUAGCACAAGUCAAAGUGUUAUACUUAUAAAGGCCUACACAGCAGUGUAAUAUUAAAAA